AUUCAACAUGAAAAAUACUUUAUUUUUGUGCACCCUGUUCCUUGUUGGAUUCGUCCAACCGUUUAAUUAUCUGGUAUUUUGUCCCCUUUAUGCACACAGUCAUCAUAAAUUCUUAGCAAAAAUUGCUGACACGCUCACAGAUGCUGGCCACAAUGUUACUUUUCUUGCACCAAUUGUUCUUCGGAAAUAUGAAAAUGUGAAAUAUCUGGAAUCAACCAAAGAUAUAGUUUAUAUCCAGCCAAGUAAAGAACUAGAAGCCCUUGGGUUUACUUCAAAUUACUCAAAGUUCUGGACAGAAGAUGCAACAGCGAUCCAAUUUGUUCCUGCAGUUAGAACAUUCGUCAAAAUGUUUGUUCAACUCUAUGAGGAUUUGAAAAAAGAUUUGUCCGUUUUGGAUGAAUUAAAGAAUAGAAAUUUCGAUGCCAUCGUCUUCGAGUUUCUCUGUCCAACUGCUUUCCCCAUCGCUGAGUAUCUUGGAAUUAAAGCUUUAUUACCUUCACUUUCAAUGACACAUCAUACACAAAUGAGCAGAUGGAUUGGGGAGCCAUCGUCACCAACUGUUUUGCCAAGUAUGAUUUCCUCAUUUGGGGAUGACAUGAAUUUUUGGGAACGUCUUGGAAACACACUGGGAGAUGUUUUUUUCACACUGUUUGUUGACAUGCCUCGAAUGACUUCAUUCAGUGAUCCAGAAAGAAAAAUUGACUUCUAUGAAAUGUCAGUCCGCGCACCUUUCAUGUUUAUGAAUUCCAAUCCAUAUCUUGAUUAUGCUCGACCAAUUCUCACUAAAACUGUUUUAAUUGGAGGAAUAUCUGUUAAUGUUACUCAAUUGAAGCAGAAAAAACUAAAUGAGAAAUAUGAUAAAAUUAUCAGUGAGAGACAGCAAAAUAUUCUUAUUUCAUUUGGCUCUAUGAUUUUCUCGAAAGACAUGCCUGAUGUAUAUAAAAAUACACUUGUCCAAGUUAUCAAAUCAUUUCCAAAUGUUACAUUUAUCUGGAAAUAUGAAGAAGAUGACGUCAGUUUUGCUAAGCACUUGCCAAAUCUUCAUUUCUCAAAAUGGGUUCCACAAACUGCGCUGUUAGCUGAUUCCCGUCUUUCUGCAUUUGUUACACAUGCUGGAUUAGGAAGUGUGACAGAAUUAAGUUACAUGGGAAAACCAGCAGUUUUAAUUCCUCUUUUUGCUGAUCAAUUGAGAAAUUCAAAAACGUUGUCCAGGCACAAUGGAUCAAUAACUUUGAGCAAAUAUGAUUUGAGCAGUUUUGAAAAGUUAAGAUUCGCAAUAAACACCAUUUUAAACGAUGAAAGGUAUAAAAUAAAUGCUGAAAUUCUCUCACAACAACUUCAAGAUCAACCUGUUUCCCCACAUGCUCUACUUGUGAAGCAUGCUGAAUUUGGAGCAAAAUACGGAGAGCUGCCAAACCUUGAUCCAUGCUCUCGUCAGAUGUCUUUUAUUUCAUUCUAUAUGCUUGAUAUUAUAGUUUUUGUUGGUUUCAUAUUAAUCACAACCACCAUCGGGAUCGUAUUGACAGUAAAAUGGAUUUUAAAAUUCUGUUUCAAGCAAAAACAGAAAAUUCAAUAAUGUUUUAUUUGAUUUAUGUUAUUUUUUUGUACGGGUUUAGAAUGAACCCUUAAAAUAAAAUUGGCAUAAAAU